CACGAAGGCGACGGCGAUGGCCUCGCAGAAGCUCGCCGCCGGCGACGGCAACUACGACUUCCACCUGCGGUCGCUUUCCGCCGCAUCCCGGGACUCCGCUGCGGCCGCCGAUCCCGCCUCCGACCCCAACCUCCUCCAGUCCGUGAGGAUGGUGUUCGAGAUGUGCAAGGAGGCCAAGGGAGCGAACGACGAGAUGGUGGCGCGGGCGUUUCCGGUGAUGAGCAAGCUCUUCCAGCGCUGCGCUGCCGCGCCCACGCUGUCCACAGCCUCCACCGGCGUGCUCCUCCUAACAAUUCUGCAGUUCUUCCUGGAUUUUGGGGAGGCAGUGUUGCGCGAUGCUGAUGGCAGCCUAAAAACUUUCUUCCGCUCUUGCUUAAGUAGGGAGUUUGCAGAUCCUAUUGUCGCAGAGCGGACGCUUGAAUUCCUGAUAGUGAAUAAGAUGAAGAUCCUGAGCUGUUUACCCACCUUGGUUCCACAGUUCUAA